AUGAAGAAUGGGCAGGUGUCAAACGUAGAGGGAGUGGCCUGGUGCUCAGUACCUCUGCUGGUCAUCAUCAUGACAUCAGACGACCACUCUUCCCAUCAGUGCUACUGGCUGGGUUCACUAUGUGGACACAGGACGUGGAGUGGGCUGCUGUGGGUGCUGCUGCUGGGUACCAUCCCCAGCUUGUGGGCUCAACAGGGCCCAACACCCCAGUCCAUCAAAAUCGAGGGCGACAUCACCCUGGGCGGUCUGUUCCCGAUUCAUUCCCGAGGGCCUGCCGGGGUGCCCUGCGGGGAGGUUAAGAGAGAGAAGGGGAUCCACCGACUGGAGGCCAUGCUGUACGCCUUGGACCAGAUCAACAGCGACCCAGACCUGCUGCCCAACAUCACUCUGGGGGCCCGGAUCCUGGACACCUGCUCAAGAGACACCUACGCCCUGGAGCAGUCUCUCACCUUUGUCCAGGCCCUCAUCCAGAAAGACACCUCGGACGUUCGCUGCUCGAACGGAGAGCCCCCCAUCAUCCCCAAACCAGAGAGGGUGGUCGGGGUGAUCGGGGCAUCUGGCAGCGCGGUGUCCAUCAUGGUGGCCAAUGUGCUCAGAUUGUUCUCGAUCCCCCAGAUCAGCUACGCAUCCACGGCUCCGGAGCUGAGCGACAAAAGCCGAUACGAGUUCUUCUCCCGCGUGGUGCCACCUGAUUCCUACCAGGCCCAGGCCAUGGUGGACAUCGUCAAAGCCAUGGGCUGGAACUACGUCUCCACGUUGGCCUCCGAGGGCAACUACGGAGAGAGUGGUGUAGAUGCCUUCCUCCAGAUAUCCAGAGAAGCAGGUGGGGUGUGCAUUGCACAGUCCAUAAAGAUUCCCAGAGAACCCAGAUUUGGGGAGUUCGACAAAAUCAUCAAGAGACUGAUGGAAACCUCUAACGCUCGUGGGGUGAUAAUCUUUGCCAACGAGGAUGACAUCAAGCGGGUAUUGCAGGCUGCCAAAAUAGCCAACCUGACAGGACACUUUCUGUUCGUCGGCUCUGACAGUUGGGGGGCCAAAAGCUCCCCGAUCCAAGAACUGGAGGAGGUGGCAGAGGGCGCUGUCACCAUCCUUCCAAAAAGAGCCUCUAUCGAUGGCUUUGACCAGUACUUCAGUACGAGAUCCCUGGAAAACAACAGGAGAAACAUCUGGUUUGCAGAAUUCUGGGAGGAUGACUUCAAGUGCAAACUAACUCGGCCCGGUAUAAAAUAUGAACCUGGUAGAAGAAAAUGUACAGGGGAGGAAAGAAUCAGUGAAGACUCUCAGUACGAACAGGAGGGCAAGGUGCAGUUUGUGAUUGAUGCUGUGUACGCCAUGGCCCACGCUUUACACAGCAUGCACCUAGACCUCUGCCCUGGCUACAUGGGUGUCUGCGAGAAGAUGGACCCUGUGGAAGGACAAAUGCUCCUUCAAUACAUUCACGCUGUCAGCUUCAACGGCAGCGCAGGAACUGGAGUCAUGUUCAAUGAGAAUGGAGACGCUCCCGGUCGGUACGACAUCUUCCAGUACCAACUGUCUAAUGUCAGCAACCCCGGCUACAAGGAUAUUGGUCAAUGGACAAACCACCUCCGACUCAAUGCUGAGGAGAUGCAGUGGUCAGGUGGUGACCGCAAGAUCCCAGAGUCAGUGUGCAGUUUCCCCUGCGAGUCUGGUGAGAGGAAGAAAAUGGUGAAGGGCGUUCCCUGCUGCUGGCACUGCGAGUUCUGCGAUGGCUAUCAGUACCUUCUGGAUGAGUUCUCCUGUGACAUGUGCCCGUUUGACAUGAGGCCCUUCAAGAACCGCACUGGGUGCCGGGACACACCCAUUAUCAAGCUGGAGUGGAGCUCUCCCUGGGCCAUCAUCCCAGUCUUCCUGGCCAUCAUGGGCAUCCUGGCCACCACCGGAUGCAUUGUGACCUUCAUACGCUUUAACGACACGCCUAUUGUGCGGGCCUCGGGCAGAGAGCUCAGCUACGUGUUGCUGACAGGCAUCUUCCUCAUCUACCUCAUCACCUUCCUCAUGAUAGCUGAGCCCAGUACGGCGGUGUGCGCUUUCCGCAGGCUGCUGUUGGGGCUUGGCAUGUGCAUCAGCUAUUCUGCCAUGCUCACCAAGACCAACCGGAUUUACCGCAUCUUCGAACAGGGCAAGAAGUCGGUCACUCCUCCGAAAUUCAUCAGCCCCGGCUCUCAGCUAAUUAUCACCUUUAUACUCAUCUCAGUACAAUUACUUGGCGUGUUCAUCUGGUUCGGUGUGAUGCCCCCCCACACCAUCAUCGACUACGAGGAGCAGAAGCCUCCAAACCCAGAGUUCGCCCGAGGAGUCCUGAAGUGUGACAUGUCCGACCUGUCCCUCAUCCUAUGUCUGAGCUACAGUAUCGUACUGAUGAUCACCUGCACGGUGUAUGCCAUUAAGAGCAGAGGAGUUCCUGAGACAUUCAAUGAGGCUAAGCCCAUUGGCUUCACCAUGUACACGACCUGCAUCGUCUGGCUGGCUUUCGUUCCCAUCUUCUUUGGGACAGCACAGUCGACUGAGAAGAUGUUCAUCCAGACCACCACACUGACGGUGUCCAUGAGCCUGAGCGCCACCGUGUCCCUGGGCAUGCUCUACAUCCCCAAGGUGUACGUCAUCAUCUUCCACCCGGAGCAGAACGUCCAGAAGAGAAAGCGCAGCUUCAAAGCCGUGGUGCAAGCGGCCACCGUGUCCACGCACCUGUCCCAGAAGUCCAACGACAAACCGAACGGAGAGUCCAAGAUCGUGCCGGACAGGUCCCAGUGAGACAAAGACAACACGGGUCCGUGUUUCGUCAUCUCCCGCAACAGGCCUACAAUGUACUGGUUGAUGAAAAAAUCUGCGUCUACUCCUGUUGGCUCGAUUCAUCCGUUCUUCUCCCCGCAGCUAUGGCUAGAAACACCAUCAAAAUAAGUUCUUGUUGUCUUUUCACACUUAGAUUCCUCAGAACUACUGAAACUGGAAUGAAGCAUAAAAGGAAACAGAAACACUCACUCUGAGAAUUGACCACUUUUUAGUCAACAUUACACGAGCGCUUAAUUGUAACUCUACUUGGAAAAUGCUGUCUCGGAUAAAAGAAGUUGAGCUUAAACAGCGACCUCUGACCUACAGGAAGAUGUACGUGUGUGGAGAAGUGUUGUUUGUCCUCUCUAAAAGCACUGCAUGGAUUGUGUGUUUUAUGUUAAUGUUUUUGAAAGAUUUUUUUUUGGGGGGGGGGGGGGGAGGGGGUUCUUCUGAUAGCACUGGAAGUGAGUAGCUUCUAAAAUGCACCAUCACAUCCUUUAACUAUUUCUGAUUAGCUGCUGUCAGAGGUUAGAAUUCAUCACUGGAUUCAAACCUGUGGCGGAUCUAUUCAAUAUCCAAUCUCCAGCACAACAGUGUACGUUUACGAUCAUUAAGGCACAAGUUGUUAACAGGAUAUUUAUCUUCAGGUACUAAUACUUUUCCACAGAGGAAAACAAUGAUUGGCAUUUCCCCAUAUUCUCAAGCAAAGCUGAUCAGGCAGUUUGUGUGGCAGGAUGCCACUCACAGACAAGCUGCUGUUGUGUUCAUGCAUGGGAACCUUGUCAGAAAGCUUCACUGCAUCGGUUGUAUUUGAUUUUGUACCAUGAAAGCUUUUCUAAAUUCUCACUUCUGCAAACAUUUUAAUACAUUUAGCAUGAGGUAAUUCCUAAAAUCGACCAGUCCUUUUAUCUACCCAUUUAUAUUUUGCGGUGUUCCUUCUGUUACUUGAUUACAAUGUACAACUCAGGUUUUUACUGAAGGUGUUUUGACAAACAUUUGUCUCGAGGAAUACCCUCUGUUCUGGUGCAGCCGUUUCAACUACAGCCAGCACCAUGCGCAGGUCAUUUCCCCUCAUGGUGCAGGACUGGGAUUUAUGUCCUCAUGUGAGAAAACACUGUUUGUACUGCCCUCUGCAGGAGCGCACACCUCAGUGAACUGUUUGUGAAUAAAAGCACAGCCAAGAGAGAAUUGUUUGUAGACCCCACACAAACCUUAAUUAAAAAAAUAUUGUUUAUUA